UAUGCAUAGUCUGUAGAAACCAUCUAUAAGUUGGAAUUAAACUACAUUUAGAACGUUAUUUACGUUCUAAACUAUUCCCUAGUACCGAGCACAGAUGGAUAAAUAGAGAGAGAGAGAGAGAAAAGUACACUAGUGGAAGAAGAUAGAUAAACAUCUCUUUACUAUCUAAAAGAAAAUAUACUAGUAUCUUAUAUUUGAUGUUAACUGUCACUGAUACAUUAUAUAUGCCUAAGGAAUAUCUACUAAAGGUAAUGUUAAUAGAUAAUGUCUUAAUUAUAAUUGUUAAAUAAGCUUAAUCCGUUUGAAAUUAAUUCUACUAAAGAGAGAGGUUGAGAUGUAUGUCAUCUCUCUCUCUCACAUUCUUUCUCUCUCUGUCUCUCUUUAAAUUUUAUGCAUAUUUUAUCCUAUUGAAUAUUUCAAUAAGGUGACAAGGAUUUUUAGUGCGUAGUUUUAAAUGGAGAUAGCUAUGCCUUUGAAAUUCGAUUGGCAAUUGUGAUUAUGGGCGAAAGAGAAUUUUAGAAUACGAUAUACUAUUUGUAUUCAUGUAAAAGAAAUUUGUUGUUAAAAAGGAAGGAAUGUACUUUUAUGUUUUCCCCUCUGUCCGCUCCUUACCCUCUCCCUUCCUAAAGUAGUAUUAAAAUACUACUAAUAAAGGAAUUGCGUAACUUUAUUUCUUAGGAAUUCGUAAAAACAUGUACAGUGAAAGUGUCCUAUAUAUUUUAAGGUCUAACAGUCAUUCGUGACUUUAAAUUCGCCCAGGAUAGGUUGCAAGUUUUGAAGAUCAAUAGUAAUACGUGAUAUUAUUUUCGAAGAGCGCAUGCGCAAAUAUGACGGCACCAAUAUCGAACGAAUAUAUCAAUAUAACUGCAGAUAAAAGCAGUUCUACUAAUAGUCGGAACGAAAAACUCAGGAUGAGGAAAACUGUAAAAAUAAACUCAGAAAGUAGCUUUGAUUCCAAAAAGAGUUUGGAAUCUCAAGAAGAAGAGGAGAAACCAAAGAGGUCUCUUUUGCAGAUAUUUCUGAUACUAUUCGCCUGUGUAUGUGCAGGAUUUGUGUUCGGAUGGUGUUUGGAGAAAAGUAGAGUUUUCGAACCGAACAGCAUUAGGCAGCAAAUGAUCUUUAAGAGAUGGAUAAUGCUUAAAGUAUUCCUAACAGCUGUUGCUGUUGGUCAAAUAGUCUUAAUCGUACUGUCAUUGCUGCCGUGGACCAAAGAUAAGUUUAGUACUGCUUUGAAAGCUUAUUACUGCGGUUUUCAAAAUAAAAGCAUACUUACUAGUGCAAUUGGGGCAUUUGUUUUGGGUUCCGGUAUGACAAUAUGCGGAGCUUGUCCAGGAAUGGUUCUGUCACAAGUUGGAACAUGGACUGGUAAUGCAUAUAUGACUCUUCUAGGAGCUUUAACAGGUGCUUUGAUAUAUGGCCUAUUCGCGCCUUGGAUUGUAAAAUUUACAAAACCAAAGAAACCACUGGAACAUCACUUGAUUCACGAACAAUUUAAUAUAAACUACAUUGCUUUAGCUCUUCCAAUGGCUAUAUUACUUGGAGUUGCCGUAGGUCUAAUGGAGCAUUUUAUUCCUUGGAGAGAAGACUAUUCCAGUGAAACAACUGAAGGCAAAAACAUCUUUCAAUAUAAGAUUUGGCCACCAUACGUUUGUGGAAUUCUUAUAGGCUUAUUACAAGCGAUUUUGGUACUGUUUGUUAAUGAUACUAUGGGAGGAUCGAGCUCUUACGUUACGAUAGUCUCGCAAUGGGUAGUAACUGAAAAUCUGCAAAAAAAAUUUCCAUAUUUGGCAUCAGCCAGAUUAGGAGUUGCCAACUGGUGGCAAGUCUUGUACGUUUGCUCAGCAAUUAUUGGAGCUCUGUCUUCUGCAGCGGCUUCUGAUACUCUUUCAUCAACACCUGGUGUUCACAAAGCGGCCGCCUAUUUUGGAGGUUUUAUCAUGCUAAUAGGAGCUCGAUUCGCUAGUGGUUGUACAAGCGGACACGGACUUAGUGGUAUGGGAGUUUUAGCUUGGUUGAGUUUCGUCGCUGUCCCAUUUAUGUUUGGAGGAGGAAUAGCGACCGCAUUUAUCUUUAAGAAAUGUGAUAUACUUAUUCCUACUGAAUUGAAUUAGCUUUUAAAAAAAGACUGUAAAUAAUUUGUAAGCAUUAUACAUAGUAUAAAUAUAUCAGUUUAGUAAUUUAUACGUACUUUACAUUUUCAUAUCAAAAUAUAAAGAUAAACUAUGAGAUUAAACACAAAAC